AUGGAGAGUCUGCAGAAGACGAGUGACGCGGGCCAGAUGUUCGACGUAGUCGUGAUAGGAGGCGGCAUUUCAGGAUUAUCUGCUGCCAAACUCUUAGCCGAACAUGAAGUUAAUGUUUUGGUUUUAGAAGCCCGGGAGAGAGUUGGAGGAAGAACAUACACAGUGAGGAAUGAACAUGUUGACUACGUAGAUGUUGGCGGUGCUUAUGUAGGCCCAACCCAGAAUAGGAUCUUACGGUUAUCUAAGGAACUGGGUUUAGAAACUUACAAAGUGAAUGUAAAUGAGCGUCUUGUUCAUUAUGUCAAGGGAAAAACUUAUCCAUUUCGGGGUGCCUUCCCUCCAGUAUGGAAUCCCAUUGCCUAUCUGGAUUACAACAACCUGUGGCGGACCAUGGAUAACAUGGGAAAAGAGAUUCCAGCUGAUGCACCAUGGGAGGCCCCACAUGCAGUGGAAUGGGAUAAGAUGACUAUGAAAGAUCUCAUCGAAAAAAUCUGCUGGACAAAGACUGCUCGGCAGUUUGCAUCUCUCUUUGUGAAUAUCAAUGUGACCUCUGAACCCCAUGAGGUGUCUGCCCUGUGGUUCUUGUGGUACGUGAAACAAUGUGGAGGCACUACUCGGAUAUUCUCCAUUACCAACGGAGGCCAGGAACGGAAGUUUGUAGGUGGAUCUGGUCAAGUAAGCGAACGGAUAAUGCAGCUCCUAGGGGACAAGGUGAAACUGAGGAGUCCUGUCACCUAUGUUGACCAGUCAAGUGAAAACAUCUCCAUAGAGACCCUGAAUCAUGAACUUUAUGAGUGCCGAUAUGUCAUUAGCGCCAUCCCACCAACUUUGACUGCCAAGAUACACUUUAGACCAGAGCUUCCACCAGAGCGAAACCAGCUGAUACAGCGUCUUCCAAUGGGGGCUGUCAUUAAGUGCAUGAUGUAUUACAAGGAGGCCUUUUGGAAGAAAAAGGAUUACUGUGGCUGUAUGAUUAUCGAAGAUGAGGAAGCUCCAAUUUCAAUAACGCUGGAUGAUACCAAGCCAGAUGGAUCACUGCCUGCUAUCAUGGGCUUCAUCCUUGCUCGAAAAGCUGACCGGCUCGCUAAAGUACAUAAAGAUAUAAGAAAAAGGAAAAUCUGUGAACUGUACGCCAAAGUGCUAGGAUCUCAAGAAGCUUUACAUCCGGUGCACUAUGAAGAGAAGAACUGGUGUGAGGAGCAGUACUCCGGAGGCUGCUACACUGCGUACUUCCCCCCAGGGAUCAUGACUCAAUAUGGAAGGGUGAUUCGCCAACCUGUAGGCAGAAUUUACUUUGCUGGCACAGAGACUGCCACACAAUGGAGUGGUUACAUGGAAGGAGCAGUAGAGGCCGGUGAACGGGCCGCUAGAGAGGUCUUGAAUGCUUUGGGGAAGCUGGCUGCCAAAGACAUUUGGAUCCAAGAACCUGAAGCUAAAGAUGUUCCAGCUAUAGAGAUCACCCCCAGCUUCUGGGAGAGAAACCUGCCUUCCGUACCAGGCCUGCUGAAGAUCGUUGGGUUUUCCACAUCGAUAACUGCCCUGUGGUUUAUGAUGUACAGAUUCAGGCUGCUAAGCCGAUCCUGA